GUUGGGUUAUUGUUAGUGAUGAAACACACAGAUGGGAAGUGUGAGGAAGGUGGCGAGGUAGAGAUUGAAGUAUGUUAUAUUGCCGGUGGUAUGUGGAGAAUAGGACAUUCUUCCAUGAGCUGACUAACCGCAUUUUUGCUUGUAACAAUUUUGAGCUCAAAUGAUAGGCAAAGCGAAAUACCAAGGAAGCUGUUGUCUUUUCUAUAUUCCACCGGCCUGCACCUACUGGUGUGAGGCUAUUAUUAAUUCGCAUUCCGACCUGAGAAAGACAGCAAUUCACAGUACAUCGUCUAGUCUGCCGGAAACGCACAAGACGACGAAGAAGACAGCAGAUAGUCUGCUGGAAACUCACAGGAAGAAAAAUAAGUCAACGGAAGUGAAGUGACCAAGAACAAUUUCCACGUUAACGUUUUUAUUUAGACGUUUAUUAAAACCCUGGAACUUAAAAUGACUAAUUUAACUGCACAUCAUCAUAUACUUACCGCAUGUAAUGUCUAAUUCGGGUUAAGGACUUGAUUGAUAGAUGUUAUCUAGGUUAUGCUAGCUAACUGCUAACAAUGGCUAACUGUAUGGUUUUUCACACUCAAAUAGCCUCCAUCAUUGAGGUGCUAGCAAAUGCUGCGGUGGCAGAGAUCUGUAAACUCGUAGACGACGACUAUGCAGUGCUUCGUUUGGAAAUAAGUCAAAGCCAGAAAGAAAACAGGGAAUUACGGAGGAAACUACUGGAACUGAAGGUGGCACGGGAGCGCGCAGAGAGAACAACACGAGAGCGCGUCCUCGCCAGUCGACCCAGUAGUGUCAAGAUCCUCGACCGAUACAGAGGAAUGGCAAGAGGUGAAGGGCAUCUCACUGGAGGCCACAGGAACAUUGUAAAGCCAGCGGGACACAAUGGGUGGAGAAAUGACCAGCCCAUAGCUAUAGAUGAGGGGAGUGAACCUUCAACCCAGCAUGCUAUCGUGAUAGAGUCUGUAGAUGCAGAGGCUGCAGGUCCUGGGGUCAAGCAGGAGAGUACUGAAGGAGAGGAGGACCCACAACACAGCAGAGACAUCCAGACUGGAACAGCGGCUGGAGUGGCGCCCCCUGUAGCCACAGAGGACCUGGCCACUGCUCUGAAUGUCAAUCUCAAGUCAGAGACAGACACUGAUACUUUAAAUGUAACACACCGGCUCUUACACACAGGGUCUGACCACAGAUCAGACCCAGAGGGGCUGGGUAGACUGGGCUGUCCUCCUGCUCCUGGCUCAGAUUACUUACCGGUAUUUCAUCAGAGCCAGAGGACAGUUCAUUCUCUUGGAGAUGGUGACGUGCUAGACACUGGGGUUGAUGAUCUCUCCUGUUCUUAUGAUACAGAGAUGGACCCUGGCAACACGUCCUUAGGUUUAGAGACACAGACUGAUCUGUCUAGAGAAGACUGGAACCGGUACAGUUGUAGUGUAAAUUCUGAAAGGUGUCUAGAUAGGAUAGGGGAGGUUAUUGUGGUAGAUGAGGUGACUGUGAAAGUGGAGGGCGAUGCUCCUCCUGCACGGAAUGCAGAUAGUCACCUUGGAGACGGACACUCACAGAGCAGAGAUUUCUUAGAUUACAGGGGAAGCUUGGAGACAAAUCUAAACGUCACAACCAAUUCUCCUUUACAUGCGUUCAAGGAUCGCGACCCAGUGUCCACGUCGAUGGGGCCUUCCGGUUCACACCAUUUCGAUCAGGUAUUGAACUCAAACAACAGGGCUGGAGCCCAGGUUCAGGGAGGGAGAGCCACAUCAGGCAAUGGUAAAGAGAAACGGUUCCUCUGCAUGUUCUGUAACAAAGGCUUCAGGUGCCUCCAGAAGGUGGAGAUCCACCAGAGGGUCCACACAGGGGAGAACCCCUUCAGUUGUACCCAGUGUGAGAAGAGAUUCUCCCGCCAGGACCACCUGAAGAGGCACCAGAUGGUCCACACAGGGGAGAAACCCUUCAGCUGCCCCCAGUGUGAGAAGAGGUUCUCCCGCCAAGACCAGCUGAAGAUGCACCUGAAGGUCCACACGGGAGAGAGGCCAUUCUCCUGUACGCACUGUGGGAAGAGGUUUUCAGAGAGGAGCUACCUCAGGACACACCAGCAGAAAAUGCACACGACCCUUGUAUAGAGUAUGGUGACAUGUAAUCAGGAUGAAAGUAAGGUGGUCCUGGUGGCGUCCCGGCAAAAUAAAUAGUGGGGGUAUGCCGUACCGGUAAAACAUGAGCCAAUCACAAUAAUGCAAGCAAAAUGUCAAUAAAACUGUAGGCUAUUACACCAUUAUUUUUCAUUAAGCUACCGCAUAGCUGAGGCAUGAACAAUUUGCGAAUAGACUUGAAAACCAGUGGUAUAACUUCUCCAAAAUUCGACGUGGUUCGACGGGAACACUGACAUUUUUCCAAGGCAGUGAUGAAUGGCUGACAGACACGUGGACAGCAGUGGAUGUAUAAAUUCUGGCCUAAUGAAAAAUCGUCAAAAUGUCAUUAGACUUUGUGGUGUUUUGUGUGACAGACGUCUCUUUCCGUUUCCAUGUUUGGGGGCUGGAAAUACAGUGCAUUCAGAAAGUAUUCAUAGCCCUUGACUUAUUCCACAUUUUGUCAUGUUACAGCCUGAAUUCAAAAGGUAUUCAAUAUAGUUUUUUCUCUCAUCCAUCUAAACAUGUUUUUAGAAAUGUUAACUGUAUUUCAUUUCAGAAAUUUGCUAUCUAAUUUACAUAUGUAUUCACAAUCCUGAGUCAAUACAUGUUGGAAUCACCUUUGACAGUGUUUACAGCUGUGAUGUCUUUCUGGCUAAGUCUCUUAAGAGCAUUGCACACCAAUAUUUGCACAUUAUUAUUUUUAUUUUUUUUCAAGCUCUGUCAAGUUGGUUGUUGAUCAUUGCUAGACAGCCAUUUAAGUCUUGCCAUAGAUUUUCAAGCUGCUUUAAGUCAAAACAUUUAACGUCAUCUUGGUAAGCGACUCCAGUGUAUAUUUGGCCUUGUUUUAGGUUAUUGUCCUGCUGAAAGGUGAAUUAAUUUCCCAAUGUCUGGUGGAAAGCAUACUGAACCAGGUUUUCCUCUAGGGUUGUGCCUGUGCUUAUCUCCAUUCCGUUAACUUUUUAUCCUGAAAACCCCCACAUUCCUUAACGAUUACAAGCAUGCAUAUAACAUGAUGCAGCCACCACUAUGCUUGAAAAUAUGGAGAGUGGUACUCAGUAAUGUGUUGAAUUGGAUUUGCCCCGAACAUACACUUUUUUGCCCUGAAUACAGUGUUAUUACUUUGCCACAUUUUUUACAGUAUUACUUUAGUGCCUUGUUGCAAACAGGAUGCAUGUAUUGGAAUAUUGUUAUUCUGUAGAGGCUUCCUUAUUUUAAUUCUGUCAAUUAGGAUAGUAUUGUGGAGUAACUCUAAUUUUCUUGAGCCAUCCUCAGUUUUCUCCUCUCACAGCCAUUCAGCCAUUAAACUCUUAACUAUUUUUAAGUCACUACUGACCUCAUGGUGAAAUCCCUGAGCGAUUUCCUUCCUCUCAGGCAACUGAGUUACGAAGGAUGCCUAUAUCUUUGUUGUGACUGGAUGUAUUGAUACACCAUCCAAAGUGUAAUAACUUCACCAUGCUCAAAGAGAUAUUUAAUGUCUGCUUUAAAAAUAUAUAUAUUGAAAUACCUACAGGUGGCCUUCUGUGCGAGGCAUCGGAAAACCUCCCUGGUCUAUGUAUUUGAAAUUCACUGUUCGACUGAUGGACAUUACAGAUAAUUGCAUGUGUGGGGUACAGAGAUGAAGUCAUCAAAAAAAAAAAGUUUAACAUUAUUGCUGAACUUAUUUAGAUUUACCAUAACAAAGGGGUUGAAUACUUAAUGACUAAAGACAUUUCAGCUUUUCAUUUUUUAAUUCAUUAGUAAAAUAAUUCAACAAAAUAUAAUUCCACUUUGACAUUAUGGGGUUUUGUGUGUAGGCCAGUGACAAAGGAAUUCAUAAUUGAAUGUAUUUUAAAUUCAGGCUAACACAAAAUGUGGAAAAAUUCAAGCGGUGUGAAUACUUUCUGAAGGCAAUCCUGACCCUGGACCCUAGAUAAGAUAGACUGGGCUAACACAGCAAACCUUUUAGGCCAAUAAUAUGCUGUUUUUAAAUGUUUUUUUGUUUGCUUUAUAAUCGUGAGAGAAAUUAGUUAUACAUAGAUAGCUAUCAAGGUUAGCAGUAUUUUCUCAAAAUGAACCUCAUUGUGCUUCUACAUCUGCAUUGCUAGCUGUUUUGGGUUUUAGGCUGGGUUUCUGUAUAGCACUUUGACAUCUGCUUAUGUAAAAAGGGCUUUAUAAAUGCAUUUAGAAAUACCAGGCCUUUGGCAUGGUGCAGGAGCAGAUAGGGUCAAAGUAGUGGAAUGGGGUAGUGGGUUAAUGAGGAAGGGUGUUUAUUUAUUUUAAAAUAUCUUCCAAUUUAAAAUAAUGUUUUUUUAAAAUUAUCGCAAAGUAUAAUGGAUUUAUAUUAUAGUCCAGUUGGGGGAGGUAAUGCAACAUAUUGGAUGCCAACCGCCGUUAAACUCCGAAGAAGAAGUAAAUGGAAGUAAACAGUGAUCAAGAAAACGUCAGCGUUUUAGCAAAGAUAUUACUCAUUUAAUUGCACAGCAUCACAUACUUAUCCAAUGUAGUCUUUAAUUCGAUUUGGAGAUGUUAUAUAAAUAAUCAAAUAUCAAGCAUUA